AUGGCUCAAGAAAUUGAACAUUAUCUAAUGGAACAAUUCGAGAAUGGUCUUGAUGGGAAUGACAAAAGUAGUAUCUCCAAGAUUCCCAGGUACAGCCAAUUUCAAGCAAUAAAAACAGUGCUUAAAGAAAUUUUCGGGUCAUCCUCGCUUGUAGAUCAACAACUCAGGGACAAGCUAUACAACCUCAACAAUGCUUUGACUGAGUGCCGGAUUCUAUCAAGGAAACACGGUUUCUACUCUCCUGAGGAGUUACUCACAAUCAACAGAAUCAGAAUGGAGUUAAAACAGAUCAAAAAGGACCUCAAGACUAUCAUAGGAAACAGUAAUAGAGGAUCGAAUCGGAGCAGUGAUGAACAACAUGUGAGUAAUGUUGAUUCCAUUAGCUCAAAGGACAGAGAGCUUUUGAGGUGGACAACUCGUUCAGUGGAUGCAUCCAAGGUGUACGGAUUUGACGAUGAUGUGUUGUCAAUGGAAAAGUUGCUUGUCCAACAAGAAAGUCGAGAUCGAUUCAAGGCAAUAGGCGUUGUUGGUAGGGAAGGGAUAGGAAAAACAACACUUUGCCAAUUGGUAUUCAACAAACCAGAGGUGAAAGACAACUUCCUUCCAAGGAUCUGGGUGUGCAUGGCCAGAGACCCGGACGGUCACGAAGAUGAAGAUCUGAAAGUAGCAAUUGUCAAAAGAAU